AUGUGCUGUUGUUUCGGAUCCCGCGGGGAACACGUCGAGCCCGUCAAGAAAAUCCCACAGCACGAAGUGGAGAAGAAAAAAUUGCAGGAAUCUAACGGUCGUCGGGUACCCGUCCCUUCUGAGCUGUAUAAGAGGGAUCCUUCGAGAGGCAGCAGCACUUCUCGAAACGGAAAUCGAGGAUCGCAAAGUGGACAUAGCAGCAGCAGCAGCAGCAGUAGUAGUAGUAAAGAUCCGAGGGGUUAUAACAGUAAUGGGGAUUCUCAUAGAUAUAGUAAUGGUGGAUAUGGUCAGGAAGGACAUACUCAGGGAGGGCGCGCGCCACCAUCAUUUGGGACUAGAGCGCUGGGGACUGGAUUGGAUACGUCGCGUUAUACAUCGGCAGGCAGUGACUACCGGAGAUGA